CAGCAGCCGGUGAUAGUUCGUCUUAUUCCUCGUGUCGGCGUCCGUGUUCCAGCAAACUCUCGUUUCUUUUGUAGUCUGCACGGUUGAAACAAUGCUUCUCUGGAGUCUGCUUGUGCUAAUUAGUUCCAGUCUGUGUGAAGGGCAAUCAAGUCCAAACCCUCGGAUAAAGCCUGACCAAUAUUACCAGGAGCGUCGGGAACUGGUACAGAAAGAGGCUAACGCUGCACUCGGGUCAGACAUUGUGCUGAACGAGAAUGAAAAGAUCGUCAAUGAACACCUCAUGUCCCUGAAGCGAGCCGAGCUGGCCGAAGGAUUCGAGAACCCUUUGAAGUUCGCACCGGCCCGUCACAUCUUCGAGGUGCUCGAUAAGAUCAACACUUCGCCCCUGUUUAAACUGAUCUGUAAGAUGCCUAAGGGAGGUGUAUUGCACGCACACGACACUGCCCUGGCGAGCACAGCGGCGAUCUUGAAUGCCACCUAUCAGGAGUACCUCUGGCAGCGUGGUGAAUUCUCUCGGCAAAAAGGGCCCGAAUUUCACUUUUCUCGCACUGUUCCUGCGGGUGAUGGUUGGGAGCCGGUGGCCGACGUACGCAAAAGGGUAGGCAACAUCCAGUAUGACGAAGCCGUUAAGCAGCAGUUUACGCUGUACGAUGAGAAUCCGACCAAAGCUUACAAGAGCAUCAACGACGUUUGGUCGCGGUUCGCUGCUUUGUUUAUGGCGCUGGAACCAUUAGUCACGUUUAAGCCCGUCUGGGAGCGGUACUUCCGACAGGCUUUGGAAGAGUUCUACGAUGAUAAUGUGAUGUAUCUAGAAUUUCGAGGAAUAUUACCCAAGCUGUAUGAUUUAGAUGGCAAAACCUACGAACCCGAGGAAGUGGUAGAAAUCUAUAUUAAGGUAACCGAAGAGUUCAAGAAAACACAUUCUCGAUUCGCCGGUACCAAGUUUAUCUACGCACCUCAUCGACUGGCGGACAAUCAAACGAUAGACAAGUAUCUCAGCAUAGCCAAAGACCUCUACGAAAAACAUGGCAGUUAUGUGGUGGGAUUCGAUCUGGUCGGUCAGGAGGACCUCGGCCGACCGCUGCUAGACUUUGUCCACAAGUUGCUCGCCCUGCCGCCGUCCAUUAACCUCGUGUUCCACGCAGGCGAAACGAACUGGCACGGAAUGUCGACGGAUGAAAAUUUGAUUGAUGCAGUUCUGCUUGGCACCAAGAGAAUCGGGCACGGUUAUGCGUUGCUGAAGCACCCCCUGUUACUGGAGGAGGUCAAAAAGCGUAAAAUCUGCGUCGAAAUCAACCUGGUGUCGAAUCAAGUCCUCAAACUGGUCAACGAUUACCGGAACCACCCGGCCAACGAAAUGUUUUCCACCGACUUCCCGCUGGUCAUAUCGUCGGACGAUCCAUCUUUCUGGAGAGCCACCCCACUGAGUCACGAUUUCUACAUCGCUUUUCUGGGAGUAGCUUCCGCUCAGCAGGACCUGCGUUUGUUGAAGAAGCUGGCCCUCAACUCACUACACUACUCGCUCAUGAGCGAUCAAGAGAAAGGCGCUGCCAUGAAACAGUUCGAAUCGUCGUGGAAUUACUUUAUCGACAAUACCGUCGCAGAGAUUCAGGCUAAAAAAAAUUGAAUGUAUUCGAAAUAAUAUUAUAGGGGAUCAUUUUUAAUUAUUACUA